AUGGCUUUAUUUUUGACGUCGAGUCUGCAGCCAGCAAGAACAUCAAUCACUAAUGGCUGCUCUCCGUUUCGGGAAUCGAAUGCAUCCAUUUAUCCUCCUUGUGUUGAAGGAACCAAUGAUCCCUAUUAUCCUUGGAGAUCUCCGAGAACAUUAGUCUCGAACAUGGUCUUCUUCCCCUCACGUUGCCCCGCUGUGUUCCGUUUGGGUGUCCAUUCAUACCAGAUCAUCUCAGGUACUCAUCAGCUUCUCACGAGUCACUUACCUUGGGUCGAGAUCGUUCGAAACCCGCAGUGGAUCAGUAAAAACGGACAAAAUGGCUUCGCCAGCAUGUUGUUGGCGGGCGAUCAGGACAAUGUACAGUUGUCCACACUGGACGGAAGCUCCAGUGAACCAAUCGACUAUCGCGCCCCAUCGCCAGUGAGACCCAAUAUGGGUCUCAACUGGUGGGAGUGGUAUCUGAAAGCCAGAGGGACGUAA